AUGUCGGACGAAGUCGCAAAUUUCAAUCUCCUGUGGUCUCCUAUGAAUGUAUUACAAGAUGAACAAGAUGUUAAUCCAGAUAUUGAUGAAGAUCUAGAAAAUGUCCUGAUCCAAAUAGAUAUGUUGGCUGAUCAAGGAAGUACUGAAGUAUGUCCUGAAUACUCCAUUGAAACAAACACCACAACUGAAACUACAAAUACAUGUAUUGCAACGGUUCCAACUGUUCCAAACACAACACAUGAAAACAUGGAACUUGAAGAUAAACAGUUUGAUGAAGAGUUUUUACAUCUUGAUGAUAAUGGUGUACAAAACUUUCUAGACAAACAGCAAAACAAAAACACUGCAAAGAAAUCCUUUUAUGAUUUAGCAUUGGUUACCAGGUUUCUUAAAAAGAAAAAGGAAACAAGGGAAAUACAAACUAUACCAGUCCUUGAGCUUGACUCGCUUCUGUCUAACUUUGUUUUAACUGUAAGAAAAAAAGAUGGCCAAGAGUAUGAACCAUCCACUAUCCGUGGCUUCAUAAGUAGUGUAGAAAGAAAACUGAGGCGCCACAAAUAUGGCCACUCUAUCAUGGGAGAUGAUAAUGAUGAGAGUUUCCAUCUUACCAGAGAAACAUUGAAGGCAAAGCAAAAACUAUUGAAACAAAAAGGCAAGGGCAACAAACCUAAAAGGACCCAGCCAUUAACAGAUGAGGAGAUUGCCAUGCUGUUUGACAAGAAUGUUCUUGGUGACAAUUCUCCAAAAGCCCUCCUCAACACAGUAUGGCUGAACAAUUGUGUUCAAUUUGGACUGAGAGGUGUCUCAGAACAUUACUCCCUUCGUUGGGGAGAUGUUACUUUAAACACAGCAUCUGAUGGCACAAAAUACCUAGAAUUGAAUGAAAGACAAACCAAAACUCGUACAGGGGCAAAUGUCGCAGAUGUUAGAGAAGUGUCCCCAAAAAUAUAUGGAACAAAUGGGGAUCAUGAUCCAAUUAAGUAUUAUGAAAUAUAUAAAUCCAAGAGGCCACAAAAUUUCUGUGAUGCAGAGGACCCAUUUUACUUGGCACCGCGCACCAUUUCAUUGGCCGACACACGCUCCGAAAUAUGGUUUCUUCGCCAGAAAAUAGGAGAGAGAAAAAUGGGUGCAAUAGUUAAAUCCAUGGAGAUUGAAGGCGGGCUAGAUGAGAACAAGCGGUUAACAAACCACAGUGCCCGGAAGUAUCUCGUUCAGAAACUUAGAUCAAAUGAAAUUCCUGACACGGACAUUAUGCAAAUUUCGGGUCACAAGAAUGUGAAUUCCAUAAACAGUUAUAGUUCAAUUUCAGAAAACAAACAGAGAAAAAUUUCACAUUUGUUAAGUAAUACAAGCAGCGAGGAAUCUUUAACUUGUCACACUUCCACCGUGCCAAACUUACCGUGCACAUCAGCUUCAACAGUCCUCCCAUCUUUGUCUCAGCCUGUCAGUCAACAUAACAACCUUGAUAUGAUGGCACCUUCUAUUAGCUCUCAAACCAACAUGUCGAGCCGUAUUAAUUCCAUGUUUUAUGGCGCUACUCUCCAUAUCAACUCCCUCAAUGUUUACAUGGACAAACCGCCUCAACAGUAAUGGCCGCGCGCCAAAUUCCGUUGGAUCACAACGUGUAGUAACAUUUGUUAAACUUUUGUAAAUUUAAACUUUUUAUGUCUUCAAACUGUUAAUUUACAUAUUAUAUCUAUUAAAUGUCACUCUGUAAUUAAUCUUGUUCAUUUUCUAUUUCAAUUUCCUAAAAAUAUCAAUGUCUUAUCGCCUGGACUUUUUAAAUUACUACGCUAUAAAGGGAAAUACCCAUAAAUUGUACCCCAAAAGGGAAAUUCUGAACACUUUUUCUUCUUUUUAACAAUAAAUAUGUUACGAUA